AUGGCGCCCUUGUUCAUGAUUGGAGGCGGCGGCGGCGCUAAGAACAAUGGCAAGACGACAGCGCCGGCGGAGACGGCGGCGGGCGGAAGGACCAGCGACGAUGGCGUGGACCGGUCUCACGGCCUCUGGGACUAUUUGCACCACGGACUCGACGGCUACAGCUCUCCCGACCUGCGACUGCUGGGCCAGUACAACAGCAGCAGUAACAAUAAUGAGAGGGAGACGACGACGACGAGCACAAAGCCGCACCAGUCGUCAGCAACAACAAGGAGCCAACAGCAGCAACAACAACAUCAGCAGCAACUUUCGUCAUCGUCAACAUAUCACCAGACGCUCUACGAACUACGGCCCGACUCGUCCAAGAGCCAUCACAACCAGUACCUGCACCGAACGAGCUCCGAGUCCGUGGGAGCCUCUGCGACAUGGACGUUACGGAGCGGCAAGAGCCACGAGAAGACCAAUAGCGGCAGCAGCAAGAAGACGACAGCCACGACGGCGACCAACAUGACGAUUCCGACGAUUUGCGGCGUGAGGGAGCGGGAGACGACGACGGCAGCGACGCUGUCUCCUCCCGACGGUGGUUUGACGUCGAUCGUCGUGCCCCCGCCAGUCUCGCCCUCGACGGCCUCUUUCGGGGCUGAGAUGACGAAGCAGGAGUUUGAGGCAUUGCCCGAGGCCAUUCAGCGCAAGGUAAGCUAUGAAUUGUGUUGA